AUGGAGAUGUUACUUGGUGGACAAGCAACCAAUGGAGCUCUUCGUUCAAAGACGAAGAUAGUUUGUACUCUUGGACCAGCUUCAAGAUCGGUGGAGAUGAUUGAGAAGCUUCUCAAGGCUGGUAUGAACGUAGCCCGGUUCAAUUUCUCCCAUGGUUCUCACUCUUACCAUCAAGAAACUCUCGAUAAUCUCAGAACCGCCAUGGACAACACUGGUAUCCUCUGCGCCGUCAUGCUCGACACAAAGAGUCCUGUGAUACGAACCGGGUUUCUCAAAGAAGGCAAACCGAUACAGCUAAAGCAAGGUCAAGAGAUCACCAUCUCAAUUGAUUACAAGAUACAAGGAGAUUCCAACACUAUCUCCAUGAGCUACAAGAAACUUGCAGAGGAUCUCAAACCUGGUGACGUGAUCCUUUGUUCAGACGGAACAAUCUCUCUAAAUGUCUUGUCCUGUGACAAGUAUCUCGGUCUUGUUCGUUGCCGAUGCGAGAACUCUGCUCUUCUUGGAGAAAGAAAAAACGUUAAUCUUCCUGGAAUUGUAGUUGAUCUCCCAACACUCACUGAGAAAGAUAAAGAAGAUAUUAUGCAAUGGGGAGUUCCGAACAAAAUCGACAUUAUCGCUCUCUCUUUUGUUCGUAAAGGAUCUGACCUAAUCCAAGUAAGGAAAUUACUUGGAGAGCACUCAAAGAGCAUCAUGCUUAUGUCAAAGGUGGAGAAUCAAGAAGGAGUAAUGAAUUUCGAUAAGAUCCUGGAGAAUUCUGAUGCUUUCAUGGUGGCUAGAGGAGAUCUUGGGAUGGAGAUACCAAUCGAAAAGAUGUUUCUUGCUCAGAAAACAAUGAUCAACAAGGCUAAUGCUCAUGGGAAACCAGUGGUCACAGCCACACAGAUGCUUGAAUCCAUGACAGUCUCUCCUCGCCCGACUAGAGCUGAAGCUACCGACGUAGCAAACGCGGUUCUUGACGGGACAGAUUGCGUUAUGCUUAGCGGAGAAACUGCUGCUGGAGCUCACCCUGAGACUGCCGUGUUAACAAUGUCAAGGAUCUGCAAAGAAGCAGAGGAUUUCAUAGAUUACGACAUUCUCCACAAGAAAACCCUAGGAAUGGUUUCGUUACCGUUAUCUCCAAUCGAGAGCUUAGCUGCUUCAGCUGUUUCGACUGCGCGGAGUGUUUUCGCGUCCGCGAUCGUUGUUCUCACUAGAGGCGGUUACACGGCGGAGCUUGUGGCUAAAUACAGGCCAAGCGUUCCGAUUCUGUCGGUGAUUAUGCCAGAGAUUGCUGAAUGCUCGGACUCGGUAGCUCAUGUGGCGAGACGUGGUUUGAUUUACCGUGGGAUUAUUCCGGUGGUGGGAUGUUCAGCUAGAGAUUCAACGGAGGAGAUGAUUAGAUUAGCUAUAGGAUUUGCCAAGACGAAGGGAAUUUGUAAGACUGGAGAUUCCAUUGUGGCUUUGCACAAGAUUGAUGGUUCAUCUAUUGUCAGGAUAGUGAGCGUCGAGUAA